AUGCAUAGGUAUAUACAAAUAUUCCCACACAGCAAUCUCUCUAAAACGACGACGGCCGUGGACAGCCUCACAUCCGUCGCCGAGGUUCGCAGUAAAAAAGACAAGGACGGAGUUGGAGAUGGAGACGGACGAGUCGAUGGCGACGACGAUGCCUACCCCGAGGGCGGCCUUCGCUCGUGGCUCGUCGUGUUUGGCUGCUGGCUCGCCAUGUUCGCCUCUCUCGGCCUCAUGAACGUCCUGGCUACCUUCCAGUCGUACUUGUUGACCAACCCGGCUUCCGGUUACAAUACGGGCACCAUGGCGUGGAUCUUUUCCCUCUACACCUUUGCCAGCUUUGUCCUCGGCCUCUAUGUCGGCCCCCUCUUCGACAAAUACGGCCCGCACUGGCUCAUCCUGUCGGGCACCGUGUGCCUGGCCGUCAGCCUAGUCCUCAGCAGCCUGAGCUACGAGUUCUGGCACUUCCUCCUCGCCUUCGGCAUACUCAGCGGCCUGUCCGGCUCCAUGCUCUUCACUCCCGCCGUCGCCGCCAUUGGCCACUUUUUCAAGGAGCGCCGAGGCUUCGCUACGGGCGUCGCCAUGACUGCAGGCUCGGUCAGCGGCGUGCUGUUCCCGCUGGUGUUGCAGAGACUGUAUGUCACGGUCGGCUUGGCCUGGGCUGUCCGCACGCUGGCGGUCAUCUGCCUUGUUGCUACUAUCGUUGCAAACUUCCUGGUCCGCUCGCGCCUCCCACCAGCCAAAAAUGCCAGCCCACACCCUGACAUACGCAUCUUCAACAACAAAGGCUUCGCCUGGACCGCGGCGGCCGCCUUCCUGCUCGAGUUCGCCAUCUUCAUCCCCAUGACAUACACUUCUAGCUACACGCUGAGCAAGGGCUUCUCCCAGGCUUUUUCAUUCAACAUUGUCGCCAUCAUCAACGCCACCUCCGUCGUUGGCCGCGUCGUGGGCGGCUACUGGGCUGACUCUCUCGGCCCCUUUAACACGAGCGUUGCGGCAGUCUGCGUGUCCAUCUUCGCCUGCUUCGGCAUCCUGCUUCCCGCCGGCGGCACCAAGCCCGGCAUCGUCAUAUUCGCCCUGCUGUUUGGCUUCGCCAGCGGGAGCAACAUCAGCCUCGUGCCCGUCUCCAUCAGCCGUCUCUGUACCACGCAGGCGUACGGCCGCUACUACGGCACGUGCUACACCGUCGUCUCCAUGGCUGUUCUCGUCGCUGUUCCCAUCGCCAGCAGAGUUGUCCCCCUCGACAGGGGUGACUACAGGGGCCUCGUCGUCAUCACGGGCGCCGCCUAUAUGGCAUCCAUCUUUGCUUUUCUCAUGGCCAAGGCCUCCGUGGUUGGCUGGAAUCUAUGGACCAUUUUCUGA